AUGACUCUUGAAACAAAGGACAAGAUGGAGGCACAAAUCAAGUCGGUGGAUAUGACCGAGGAUAUGCAGCAGGAGGCCAUUGCUCUUGCGAUCGAGGCCAUGGAGAAGUAUCACAUUGAGAAGGACAUCGCGCAGUACAUCAAGAAAGAAUUCGACUCUCGAAAGGGUGCUACCUGGCACUGCAUUGUUGGCCGGAACUUUGGAAGCUUCGUAACUCACGAGACGAAGCACUUCAUUUACUUCUACCUCGGACAUUGCGCGAUCCUCCUCUUCAAGACCCAGUAA